GUGGCUCCAUGGUUAUGGCGUCCUGCUGUUGCGCGUGACUGCGGUGGUGUGAUUGCCAACCACCGUGGCUGCUUUUCACUGGGGGGCCGAAUUCAUAUAUGCUCCAAGCUUUGGGUGCAGGGGUGUAGCCAGAGGCAGGUGCACAUUAAAGAACCCCACGUGGGCAAAAUUCGUGCAUACUUCACCGCUGUGUAUCUCUUAUGGUCAUUGUGUUGCUUGAGGAUGUUAAAAUCAAUAACUAAAUUAAUCGACCAAGAAUUUCGGAGUUAGUCGAAGUUCUCUAUUUUUGUCGUGAUUCAGAAUGCAUUAUGAUGUAGCACCAACAAAGUGGGUGUCCUGUCUUCUUUAAUAUUUUUACUUUGUAUUUGGCCGAUUCAAUUAAUGAGGGGGUGUGAGGGGACUAUCGAAAACAGAUGACGCUUAAAUGGUGUCCUGUGCGUGGGCUUUAACUGCUACAGUCACUCGAGACACAGUACAUUCUUGAAGUUCUUGAAGUAAGUAGCUUUUAUUGGACGGCAGUAGUCUGCGUGCAGCUGGGAUCACUUCAAAGAAUAUAAUUAAUAUAUAAAGGGAGAGGUCCUUCAUGGCUGACAAGUGCCCAUUUAAUUAUUAUUUUUUAAAAUUUCUGCCAACUGUCAGAGAAAUAGUAUGUGUUUUCCAUUUACUCAAAUGUGAUUCUUACAGAUUUUAUCGUUUUUCAGCUUGCAUGGGUAAAGCACAUUUGUGUUAGUGAGACAAAGUGAAUGUGCUAGCUGCUGCCACUUGUACUAAUAGAAAAAAAAAAUAACGUGAUCCCACUAGGGGAAUGCCAAGUCCAAAGGGUCAAUGAGAAGAUGAGUUCCAUACAUUUCGUUCAUGUUUUCUCAUAUUUCCUGUCAGUCAUGGCCAUCAUAUCGCAUGUGUAGUUGUAGCGUACUACAUCUGUGAUGACAGAUGCACAAUAUUUAUAUAUCUUUGAGUGUGCACAAUGGGUUCACUAAUAGCAGAACCUUGGAAAUGUCGAGUGAAACCGCUUUUAGACGCAUUUGUGCCCGAAUAUGACUAAAGCUGGCAAUUUUUUAUGCCUUUUUUGUUGUUACGAUGCAAUGGAUUUCCUAAAAAUUAUGUGGUUGAACAACUGUUGAAGUCCCACUGUUGAACAGCAGUGGGACUUAACAGAGAGUCCGAACAGGAGGCUUUACUCUUGCUCUUUGUGUAAAUCUACUGGUGUGCUUGCUUGAUUGCUUACGUCACCUAUCUCGUGGACAUUCUUCAUCAUUGUCAUGUCUUGUGCUUAGUGUCUUUUGAAUGGAAUAAAACAGUGCACAAUUCUGUUGUUCAUUUGGUGUACAUCUUCAGCCGACUUUCAAGCGGUCCAUGCUUUCAUUAAGAAUACCUAAAGACAUUCGUACUAGCAGGCGAGACAAAACAGCUGUUGCGUGUACUGUGGAAGUCUUGUAUUAAAAAGAAAAAAAAAGAUUCCCCCCCUCUUUUUAUUCGUUUUACAGAAAGGAGGCAUUGGUUUUACAUUUGGGUCACUUGUAAGUGAACGCGAUGCUCCCAAUGUACACGAAGGAAGUUGUGUGUUGCCGAUUCAGAUUAUGAUACAGUUCAAUUCUUCUUGCUCCGUAAUCGGCGUUGACACCAUUGUGCACCUUGUCUCGCAAACGUGAGAAUAUCGACGGCACAUAAAAAAACAAUAUAUAUGCAUGUACAUAUAUAUAUAGACAGUGUAUAUAACCAGCUAAAACUCUGGGGAAAUCAAUCGCGCGCAUUGCAUGGUUUCGGUUUUGGUCUUCCUUUCAGUUUUGUUCGAACUAAUGCACGGUAAAUAUUUAGACGAACGGUUUUCAAGUAAUCACACGGACAAAAAAUAAUAGACGUAUACGGUACUGUAAUCUCAACGAAGUCUUGCGCCUUAGCAGCGAACACAAGCACGGAAACGGGCCUCCACGGAAACGAAGCGAGCGGCUCGGCCAGGCUCGGCUAUUGAGUGGCGUGAUGAUCGCCGACCAAUCCGGUAGCAGCACAACACUCCAAAAAGAAAAGAAAAAAAGAAUCAACAAAAAGAAAGGGCGAAAUGCAAAACAGAAACGAGAACCGCGCCUGUCUACCGGCUUGCCCGAUACAUCAGCGCUUUGCCAAUGAUCCUGGCGCCGGGCGUACGCUCAUUUGAGCGUUAAUCGACUCGAUUGAAGGAAAAAAAACCUGAAUUCCUACACCGCUAUGUCGUCGAUGCCGAUGCCGACGUAAAGUCACCUUUGCAGAAACCAGACGAGAGGAGUCUGGAACUGAAGUGAGGCAAGCACAACUCCUUUGCCACCAUGAGCACCGGCUACAUCACGCUGAAUGGCGAGCGGUUCGACGACAUUCUCGCCGACCGGCGCACGGUGGGAGACCUGUCGUGGUGCACGCGGGAAUGGAGCUGCCCCAAGUACCGCUUCUUUGGCAACCGGACGCCGCAGCAGAUCAAGCAGGAGGUGCUGGGCAGUGCGCGUGUGCAGACAGCAAUUGCCAAGGUGAGCGCCGAGCAGAAGCGACCGGUCGCGGAGGUGUCGGAGGAGGCACGCCGCAUUCUCGAGCAAAUGGGCCACAACAUGCGCAUGGGCAACAUCCGCUUCCUCGGCUACCUGUUCAGCAAGUCAUACAAGAGCAUGUACCGGGCAAUCUAUGUUCACUCUGAGGGCAUGGAACGGUACCGGAAAGCUGCUGCUGAAAACCCAGUGCUGCUGUUGCCAACACAUCGCAGCUACAAUGACUUCCUGCUCAUGUCUUAUGUGUGCUUCUACUACAAUGUGCCCCUACCCGUUAUUGCAGCGGGAAUGGACUUUCUGGGCAUGCCCGCAGUCACGAUGUUGCUGCGAAACGGUGGUGCCUUCUUCAUCCGGCGCACGUUCGGCACGGACCAACUGUACUGGGAGGUGUUCCGUCAGUACAUCCACUCCCUCAUUGCCGGCUCGGAGCACGCCCUCGAGUUCUUCGUCGAGGGCACGCGGAGUCGCACAGCCAAGUCGCUCUGUCCACGAACUGGUCUGCUGCAGACGGUGCUGGAGAUGUUCUUCACCUCGCAAGUGUCGGACAUCACUGUCAUCCCAAUCACCAUCACCUACGACCGCACGCUCGAGGAGAAGCUGUAUGCCUUCGAGCUGCUGGGUGUGCCCAAGCCCAAGGAAUCCACGUCGGGCUUAGUGAAGGCCCGGGGCAUCCUGAACGAUGACUACGGCAACAUCUUCAUCAAAUUUGGCUCCCCCAUGUCGGUCCGGCAGUUUUGCGGUCGCUCGGUCGACCGGUCUGUUCACAGCAUGCACCCAAGAUUCGAGACCCACGUGACCGCCGAGGAGACCGCAGUCUGCACCCGCCUUGCCCACUGGGUGGUCCGGGCCCACCACCGGUCCCUGGCCCUGUCGGCCUUUCCCCUAGUCUGCCUCUGCUACCAGGCACGUGUGAGUUGGCAACGCAGCCGGGGGCUAUCGCAACCUCGGGUCAUGCUUCACGAUCUGGCUGAUGAGGUGCUCUGGCUGCGGGAACUGGUUCAGCGCCUGGGUGCUCUGGUCCAUCUCAAAGGAGGAAACAGCAACCAGACAAACCCGGUGACUUGGCUUCGUCGCGAGGUCCGUCUGCACUCGAACGUGUUCCGGCUCACGCCAGAAGGCACCAUCGAAUUAGCACCGGCCGACACAAAGGCAAUGCUUCCAGUGGGAGCUGAAGCCAGUGCCGAGCCAACCGGUGCUUUGCUGCGGAUAGAGGCCGACACGGUGAAGACAGCCGUGCCCGAGAUGAUGCUCUAUCACUAUGGGAACCAGGCACUCCAAGUGGUGGCACCGGUGUGCAUGGCGUCACUCGCACUUCUGGCCACUCCCCCUCCUAGGUCACAAGGUUCCGUGUACGAGAACUUCAAGAAGCUACAGAGCUUGCUCCAGCGAGAGUUUGUUUUUGAGGUGGACAAACUGGAAGAGAGCUUCCUGGAAGCAACGUAUGCCCUGCAGAGUCUCAAUGUGCUUGCCGUCCUCAGGCUAGAGCCAGCUUCCCCGGAGAGCACAAACAGCUUGCAUUUCCUCGCUAGUCACAUGGCACCAUUCCUUGAAGGGCUUCAGACGGUGUGCGACUUCCUGCGCGAUCAGCCCAGUGACGUGGUGGAGGUGCCCCUGCCCGAGCUAGUGCGGAAGUGCCAGUGUGCCGCGGAGAAGUCUCUGCGCCAGGGCCAGCUCACGGACUACCGGGUGCUCUCUCUCGACAUGCUCAACAACUGCCUCAUCUGCCUGUGCAACCUGGGGGCGGCUCACAAGGAGAAGCGGAACGGUGCCGCCGUCUUAGUCCCGGAUUCUGACACCAUUGUCAAGGUCCUGGAGAGCAUUGAUGUUUUCCUUUCCGUGGCCUCGAGGUCGUCAAGAAACGCGGAGCUCUGCCAAGCCAAGCUGUAGCCAGGAGAAGCUGCAGCCUAUUUAUUUCCUUCCUGUAGAGACAAGGGGCAUUGUGAUAUAUGAACACCUAGGCAUCAUGCACUGCAGUCAGUCUGUAUAGCCCAAAUAUGAGCAUCUUUACGAGUCACAGGAUGUAAUUUUGCACUCUUUGUGCGCCUUUUGCACAGUUGCACUGUUAGUGUUGACUGCACUUAUACAUUUGUUUUUAUGUGUCUUCUCUUUCAUUUCUACAUUGAGAUUUAACGAUGUGGGGCUUUUGCUUCAUUGUUAUGUUUUGAUGACAUUUAGUGGCACUUAAGUGCGACAUUAUGUGUAAUGCAACAUAACAUGAUUUUUGUGACAGCGUGAUGGGGUGAUUUCCCAGUAGUCUGCAACUAAAAAUGUCCUUGUAUUCAUUCCAUGUUAAUGGCUUAAGACCACUGUCUUCUGCAUAUUGAAUACCACUGUGGCAUUAUUUGGUGUUGUGUCAGUGGGCGGUGAGUGUUUAAUGUGGUGUGUUCACUUAAUUUAAGCUGCUUUGACUAAUCAGUUUGCAUGCACAUUAUGCAAGGCCACUGGUUUCGCUGCUGUACGUUUAAGAGUAUUGCUGACCGAGCCCUAAUGUUUGUAUGCAGAGAAUGAAGGCACAAAGUAUUGAGCAGUAGAAAAAUUUUCAGGGAUAGCUAAGAGUGCUGGCACUGUUUGAGGUGGUACCAAUCUUAGAAGAACCAUAAUAAAGAUGCGCACCUCAUAAAGACCGGGUCUUGCCUCGGUGUGUUGAGGUCACACUGAUUACAACAUGCACUUUCCGCAUUGAAGCAAUUGCGAAUGUUUGUCAUUUACAAAAUACUUGUGACGAAGUGCUGCCUGUGUUUUUAACUUUAUUUUGCAAAGAUAGAAUGCUUUCUUUGUUUGACAGUUGUCCUUUUUCACAUUUGUGCCAAGCAACAAGCAUGACUUAUCACACUGUUUGCCGCAAUACAGCUGACUUGCAAUAAUUCAAGCUUGAAUAAUCUAAAAUUUAGGCAAUUCAUACCAAAUAAUAUAUAUUGGUUGGCCUCCAACGUUCUCAUGGCAUAUUACAAUCACAUCAUUACGUCGAAGCUUUCAACUUGAACGUUAAUGUGUUCCCAUUACAGAGGAAAAGUGCCAAGACAGCUGAUGAAAGGACAUUCGUACGGGAUGAAUUUGUCAAAAUAAUGCCCACAUCUGUCGAUCAGGCAGCUGUUUAUGUGGACAUAUGUUACUAUGAGAUCUUGUAGUGCAAUCAGACCCACUUAAAACAGUAUUAAAGUGCCAAGAAAAUCUGAUUGUUAUAACUGAUAAUUCUUACUACUGGGUUGCACGAAAAAGAGAAGGGGGACAAGCAUCCAAACAUUUUAAUCAGACAGACAUAAAGUACAGUUGAACCCACCUAUAGCACGGCCGGCUUUACUGGGCUCCUCACUAGUCCACAUAGCAAAUUUUGGUUAUACGCUGGAAAUGUCUGCGUGUUCACUAAAGAGUGUUCUACCCGAAGAAUUUUUCAAAAUACUUCAUUAAUAGCAGAGAAAGUAUUUGAGGUACAGCAAACCCAUGAUUUCAGGAAGCGAGCAUCACCACCAACCUAGACACUCUCUCCACUUGCCCCGUCUAGCCUCCACAAGCAAAAUUCCUUCCCUGCGUUCUCCCAUGCUGGAGCCGGAGGAUCGCGUGACGAAUACGUCACGGGCCCCGCCUUCUCUUUUUUUUUCUCGUGUUUUUGCUGCCUGGUGCACUUUCGGUGAUGGUCUCACGCACGAGCUGUCGUAUUUGUCUCGUUUCGCGCAGCAAACGAUUUUGCACGCUCAGCGCGGUAACACCUGAUUGGCAGUAUAAGUCAGUGGCACAAUCGCGAGCACUGAGGCAGGUGCGAGAGGAUGAAAGAGCAUGAUCGUGGUGCUGGAACAGGGUAGAAAAUGACUGUAGUUCCGUUCUCUGCACAUGCGACUGCACGACGUGGGAAUAAGCUGACGAAAUGGAAAGACCUCUCUCUUGUUACAGUACCAAGCAAAACAAAAACACACAGACAGUCUGUUUGUAUGUUUUAUUAUUUCUGUAAACCUUAAGUCGCGUAUUGAAACAAAUAACUGAUGUUGUCUUGAAUAAUUCUUGAAUAAGUCAUGUCACUGUGAGUGACGCCACAGCACGGCCAUAUAUGUAGGCGCGCUUGUGCGAUUGAUGUUGACUCUCUGGCUGGAAGUACGGCGCCCACGAGCAGAAGUGCAAACGGCGUUUGGUUUGUAAUUUAAGCUCUUUCCAUGGCGUGUAGGUAUGUAAUACUUAGCAUGCAUAAUCGUUAGCCUGCAUUGUAUGAACUGUGCUUGUCAGCUCAAUAUGGCCAGACCUGGUGAGGGGCCUUUUAACAAUACUCGUAUUUAACAAUGAGCAGCUUUUGUGUGCUCUAUGAUGAAAUAAACCACUUGCUACAGUGCUCCCACGCUGCAUUAUCGGUUAUAACAGUUAAAUCUGGCGACUGGAUGUGUGUUCAGAAAGGAAAAAUAGUUGGCAUGAGGACCAUGUUAUGGUUAAACCGAUUUAACCGUAACAAAAUGGUAAAAAACGAUCAAAACCAGUUUUUAUACAUGGGCUCGACUGUACUAUGUUUCUGUUGCCUGCAAUGUGUGCUAUCCGUAGAAGCAGAACUGUGUGCAUUUUUUGUUCAUGGCAGUAUAAUAACUCCCAAUUCGGUUUGGGGCCGUACUUUAUUCAUCUUUAUGUAAUUCAAAUUUCUCAUAAUUCAGAUGAUAACGUAUAGUCCCGGUGAGUUUGAAUUAUCGAUACUUGACUUGUAAGUGGCGUCACAUGCUUUUGUUAUGCAUUCAAAUUGGCCUUUGUUAAAACGCCACAAAUUAAGGUGUUGUUGUCUGCCUAGUUACAUCACUAUGAAGUUUCAAUUUGGAUGUGUCCUUGUAAUGCAAUUUUGGUGUUUUUGUGUAGCCAGCAAAGGAAGCAUUUCAUUAGUGACAGUCUUUCAUUGUCCUGUGGUGUGGUUGUUGUCCUUGUGAAAGUGCAUAGACAACAUUAAAUGGGUCCCUAGUGGCCGCUGUUGUUUUGUU